AUGGCUUUCGACGGGGGGAAGAAGAAGAAGAUUACGGUAAUCGGGAUGGUUGUAAUUCUUGUCGUCGGAGCUUUCGUGGGCACCAUCGUCACCGUUAGAAGAAACAAUAAGCAAGUCGAAAUUAAUACACAAAAGGCCGGUGGCAAGAAAACAGCCCUGAUUGCCACCACGGCGGUGGUGAUAAUUAUCUGCAAAUACACCGAUUUCCGGCGGAUUUGCGAGGAGACCUUGCAGAGAUUAGGAAUCGGGAAGGUCCCAAGGGAGCUGAUGACCGUAAGUUUUAGCGCAGCAGUGGAGGGUAUUCAAGGCGCGAUCGAAAGUUCGUAUCCGGUGCGAGAAGCAGCCAAGGAUCCGAUGGCUGCGAAGGCGGUGGAUCUAUGUAAAGAGCUUCUUGACUGCUCCAUUGAAGAUCUGAAAAGAGCAUUAGAUAGAUGGAGUAUUUUCGAUAGGUUGAGCGAAAACGUGAUUAAUCUUAGGGUUUGGCUUAGUGGCGCGGUGACGUACCAAGAGACUUGUCUCGAUGCAUUCGAGAACACUACGGGUGAUUCUGGUGUCAGAAUGAGGAAACUGUUGGAGUUUGCAAACAAGCUAACACGAAACAGUCUCGCAAUGCUUGAUGGAGUCUCGUUUAUUUUGGAAAAUUCGCCUCUUAGAAGUGAUCCACGACGUUAUCCUUCAUGGGCCGACAGUUCACGACGCUCACUAAUUGAUGUGGAUCCAAAAACGCUAAAGCCGAAUGCAGUCGUGGCUCAAGACGGGUCGGGAAAUUUUAAGACCAUCACGGAGGCGGUUAAUACAGCCCCGCAAAAGAAACCCGAACCAUUUGUCAUACUCAUCAAGGCAGGUACCUACAAAGAGAACGUUAUUGUUCCUAGGCAUGUCGAAAAUGUUGUCUUCCUCGGAGAAGGUCCGGCCAACACCAAGAUCACCGGAAACAAAAAUUUCGUUGACGGAGUCGGUACUUACCAAACUGCUACCGUGGCGGUGAAUGGGGAUGGGUUCAUAGCUAAGGAUAUAUGGAUCGAGAACACUGCUGGACCCGAAAAGCAUCAAGCCGUUGCCUUGCGUGUCUCAGCCGAUAUGACUAUUUUCCACAACUGUGUGAUGGAUGGUUAUCAAGACACCCUAUACACUCAUUCAUAUCGACAAUUCUACCGACAAUGCAACAUUAGUGGAACCAUCGACUUCGUCUUUGGCGACGCUGCAGCCGUCUUCCAAGAUUGCAAGUUGAUCGUCAAGAAACCUAUGGACAACCAAGAAUGCAUGGUGACAGCUCAAGGGCGCAAGGAUCGUCACUCAGUCGGUGGCCUGGUCCUCCAAGGCUGCACCAUCACGGCUGACCCCGAGUUCUUAAACGCCAACCCAAAACCCAAAUCCUUUCUCGGCCGACCAUGGAAGGAGUUCUCUAGGACCGUCAUCAUGCAAUCCUUCAUUGACCAAAACAUCGCCCCAGAAGGAUGGUCUCCAUGGACCGGGAAUUUUGGCCAAAACACCUGCUACUAUGCUGAAUUUAACAACAAAGGUCCAGGUGCCAACACUGCUCAAAGGGUCAAAUGGAUGGGUGUCAAGAAAAUUAAUCCAAGAGAUGCUGAAAGAUUCACCCCUGGAAAAUACAUACAAGGGGAUGGAUGGAUUCCACAGGCUGGUGUGCCUUAUGAUUCUGGGAUGAUGAAAGUCUAA